AUGGGGGGGUUAUGGGGGGCCCUGCGCUCCAUCCAACGCUUCCACCAGGACGUCCGAGGGUGGGACGACAUCGGCUACAGCUUCGUGGUGGGAUCCCAUGGAUACAUCUACCAGGGCCGGGGUUGGCGUUGGGUUGGUGCCCACACCAAAGGCUACAACAGCGAAGGUUACGGCGUGGCCUACGUUGGAGACUUCUCCACGGCUUCGCCGGACCGUGGGACCAUGGCUUUGGUGAGGGACGAACUCCUGCCCUGCGCCGUGAGGACCGGGCGGCUCCACCACAACUACACCGUCCGCGGUCACCGUCAGGUGGGCCCCACCGACUGUCCCGGCACCGCCCUCUUCCAGGAGAUCGAGACCUGGAGCGGCUUCAAGGUGGUGGUCCCAGACGGGGCCGGACAGGAGAGACAUGGGGACAGGUGGACACCAGACCAUCCAGAGGGGCCAACACGGAUGGAACCACGUCCAGAAGGACCUCAGCCUUGAAGGCCACCAGCCCGGAUGGACCCUGGUCCAGAAGGUCCUCACAGCCUUGAAGGCCACCAGCCCGGAUGGACCCGGGUCCAGAAGGACCUCAGCCUUGGAGGCCACCAGCCCGGAUGGACCCGGGUCCAGAAGGACCUCAGCCUUGGAGGCCACCAGCCCGGAUGGACCCGGGUCCAGAAGGACCUCAGCCCACCCCACUGCCCCCCAACCCAUCUUGGUGGCCCCAACCCCUGAGAAGACCCCUUGCAAUAAAGU